UAUAGGUAAACGAGCGCACCACAGCACCGCCUGUAAUCUUAUUGGUUCAUUGUAAAAUCAUAUCGCGCGCUAGUAGCCAAUCUUAAACCACCAAACACACACAGCGAGAGCUAUUUUUUAUCCGCUUAAAGCGCCAGGAGGAUGUAUCAUUAUGGGCUGCACCGGGCAACUUAGUGCCCAUGUUUGACUGUUAAUUUGCAAAAGUGUACGGCGGAGUUUACCCUCUGUGCUUCCGUUAAGCUAAAUAAUGUGAAGUUAUCAAUGUUUUAAGUCCUCUCACGAGAAUAGGUGCAACUCCUGCUCUCUCUGCAGUUCACUCCAAAAAACUCAAUUGAGCUGUCACCACGUCGCUGCAAGGAUUCUCAAUGGGGUUGCAUGCAUGGAUCUGACUGCAGAGUGAGCUGGUGACCUUGUUGACUCAACUCUCACUUCAGGACCAUGAGCAUGGCACUGGCCUGGCACCAGUCUCACCUGCCCUGUGCUUACCCGACCAGUAUCACCAGUAUUAACAAUCAGCACGCUUCCAGAAAAGCUUGCUGAACAGGACUGUGUGGAGAGCCAUGCUGUCUGGGACUUGGCGGCGUUCUAUGGGCCACCAGCAGCCGGCUGCAGCACCUGUGGUGACGCCCAGGAGCAUGACGGUGUGCGGGGUGCCCAGCGGCACGGUGGUCCUGGAGGCCCAGUAUGAUUACAACUACCGUGGUGCGGAUGGACGACAGGUCUGCAUCAGGGAGGGCGAGCGGUUUAUUCUACUGAAAAAGACAAACAGUGACUGGUGGCAGGUGCGGAGGAUCGGGGCAGCCAGCAAAACAAAGCCACUGUAUGUUCCAGCUACUUAUGUGACAGAGGUGCCCAUUGCACCGAUGCCCUCGCCGCAGCGCCUAGUCGUGUCCGCCUCGCUGAACUCCAACCUCAGGAUACUGCCAAGAGUGUCGCUCUCUCCCGGCCCUAAAGGCACAACGUGUAAUGAACAGCGGCAAGUGAACAAACACAUGUUCCACUCUAUGGAAAACCUCAACUCCAACAGUGCCUUCCAGGGGCUGGACAACAACACAAGUGGAGGCCGCUUCCCGACCCUGCCCCUCUGGUCCGGUUUCACCUUUACCCCCAACUCUCCCACCUCCCCAUCGGGCCACCUCAUGGUCCCCGGAUCCCCCGCACCGUCCACGGCACCACAGAAUGCACCGCCGAACCCCAGGGUGGUCCCCAUGAUCACUCGGAGCCAGAGCUCCAGCAACCUGCCUGAAAACGUGAUGGAGAACCCGUACGAUGAGGUGGGCGGCGGCUUCAGCAGCCGCGGCAACCACAGGAUGCCCAAGAAGUCAUGCAGCCAGUGGGACGUGGUGGGAACCUCCGGCAAGAAAAACCAUCUGCAGGUCCCAACAGAGUCCUACCUGUCUCAGCUGUCCUGGCAGGACUCUCCUCUCUACACUGAAAGUCAGCCAGAGAAACGUCUGUCGCAGGCGGAGCCCCCUUGUCCUGACCUGGGUCAGCAACCCCUUCAGGUCUUGGACCUGUGGGAGCAGUACUCGGACCCGCAGACAGGAAGAUGCUACUACGUCAACAGCAUCACCAAGGAAAGGUCCUGGAAACCUCCUCGCCGGGCCAGGGGACGCACCUCCAACAAGGCUGGUCCAGCACAACCUCAGACGUUACCCAGAGAAACCAGCCAUCUGUCACUGCCACUAGCUGAAAGUGGCAAUGGAACAAUGCACAGGCUGUCACCUGAUUUUAUCUUCGGAAGCCACCGGAGGAACACUGAUGAUGGCUGGCAGAUGAAGCAGAGCAUGCAGCGCGCUGUCUCCUCUGACACCCUGAGCACGAUGCAGUUCAGCAGUGCCGACGCCCCGUGCCAUAACUCUGCCGCCCUGCAUGAUCUCAAGCAGCAGCUCAGCCACUCCCAAUCUAUGAUCCUGCCUGAGAACGGCAAGCUGGUCCAGCAGUGCAGAGAUUACUCCCGUAAUGUGACCAAUAUCGUGGUGGAGCCUCCGUCUCCCGAGAGCUCUCCGGACAGCGAUGGCUGCACACCGGAACUGGAGAAAGCCGGCCUCUUAAACAAGACCAAGAUCGCAGAAGGAGGCCGGAAACUGAGGAAAAAUUGGAGCCCUUCCUGGGUGGUGCUGGUCGGGAACAGUCUGGUUUUCUUCAAAGAUCCUAAAUCACAGACACCCGCCAGCUGGAGACCAGGGAACAGUCGCCCUGAGAGCAGCGUGGAUUUAAGAGGAGCACAGCUGCACUGGGCCAACGACCUGUCCAGCAAGAAGAACGUCUUCAAGCUGAGGACAGUGACGGGCAACGAGUUCCUGCUGCAGUCGGAGACGGACUCUCUGAUCAAAGAGUGGUACAACACCAUCCAGAACGUCAUCGACAGGCUGGACCGUGAGAACCCGUUAGACAACGUCCUCCUGUACUCUCUGAGGCGGGCGGGCAGCGUGGAGAUGCUGGACCACAGCGGAGACGAGGAUGACCGGAGAACGUCGCUCCCUCGAUCGACGUCCAACCUGGAGAACACGGAGAGGAAGCGAGUGAAGACCCGGCUGAAGAAGCUGAUCCUGAAGAGACCUCCUCUGCAGGCGCUGCAGGAGAAAGGCCUCAUUAAAGAUCAGGUGUUCGGCUGCCGUCUGGAGAUGCUCUGCGAGAGAGAGAAGAGCACCGUCCCUCGCUUCGUCAGACUUUGUACUGAAGCCGUAGAGAAGAGAGGACUGGACACUGAUGGCCUCUACAGAGUGUCUGGGAACCUGGCAGUCAUUCAGAAACUGCGCUUCCUGGUGGACCACGAGCGAGCGGUGACGACAGACGGCCGUUACAUGUUCCCGGCGGAGUUAGUCCAAGAGGAGAAGCUGAAUUUGGACCAGAGUGAUUGGGAGGACAUUCAUGUCGUCACUGGAGCUUUGAAACUUUUCUUUCGUGAGCUUCCUGAGCCCCUCGUGCCCUUCGGCUUCUUCACUGACAUCGUGGAGACAGUCAAGAUGUCGGACUACAUGGACAGAGUGGAUCGUUUGAAGUGUCUGGUGCUCAACAUGCCUCCUCCAAACCAUGACACGCUGCAGUUUAUGUGUCGCCAUCUCAAACGAGUGUUGGAGCGUUCGGACACCAAUCGAAUGACCACCCAGAACAUCGGCAUCGUGUUCGGGCCGACCCUAAUGAGACCAGAGCGGGACAACGGCAACAUGGCGGUGAAUAUGGUUUACCAGAACCAGGCCGUGGAGCUCAUCCUCACCGAGUUUGACUACAUCUUUGGAAAAAGAGGCCCCUCUUGAUCUUUCUCGGACAGAGUAGGGGGGGUUCAAAAAGCUCCUCCAGAUCAGACAAAAGCACAAGUAGUGCAGCGUUUGUCCUCUCUGCCUGUUGACUCAUGUGGUGUAAAAUGGGUUUCACAUCAAAAGAUAAUUACGGGGUAAAAAGAACCAGGACAGAAAGCUGCUAAUCAUGACAUCUGGCCUCCAUAUAAAGCCAUGCUAAAACAAUAAUAGUAAAACAAACCAAUUUUAGCUGCAAUACUUGUGUCUUUGACUGCAGAUGUGGAGUGUCGCCCCGGUGUUCUUUGCUGCUGGAGCGAACGCCUCCUUUGUCACUUUUCCUUGAAGUUUCAGACUGCAUC